UCUUGCUUUAUUCGUUUUCUCUAGUUGCACAUUUGAUUUGUUAUGGCGAUGUAGAUGAUUCUCUUCGGUUUUUGACUGCACUUUCAAGGCAAGUCGAUUCAUCUUUAUCACAUUCGCCGGCAGAGGAGACGGAUUUCGGUGACGAUCGGACUGAACUGUAGUUGAAACUUCCUAGGUCAAGUUCGUAGUGGUACAUCCUUCUUGGAGGAGCAGAUUCUCACGCACAAAGACGAAGCUGUACUUUGCAGUACUGACAUGGGAGGUGGCAAGCAACCCUUUGCUGGUACUUUUAGUUCAUCACCCAAAGGUAAAAGUGUGAGCAUUCAGUAUGGGCAGCCAUCUGGAAGCACUGUUUCUGGUAACAACAGCCCGAAGGUGGACCAACUGAGUCAUGGUGUGGCAGACAUCAGCCUGGAUAGUGCACAAGAUGGUGAGUGGGAGGUUUGUGCAAGGAAGUCCAAGAACCGGGUGGGAACUAGUGCUGCAAAACCAUGGGGCACUCAGAGCGCUGGAGGACCUAAAGCCUGGGGCCAACCAGAUACAAUGCAGAAGGUGGGCCUGGUCAAUAAUGGUGGAACUGGUAGGAGUCCUGCUGGUGUAUGGCAGACACAGGUUGCUGAUCCAAGGAAACCAGCUGGAAGAGGAUACCCAAAAGCCAAUCCAUCUAAUAGAGGAUGGGCAACACCACCUGUUAUACCUCCUCACUUACAACACGGAAGGCAGUGGGCCAAUCGGCCUGGUGGACAAUCUGGGGCUUCAGAAGAUGGCCAGGGAAAUGACAACAUCUCUAAAACUCAUGCAGAAGAGUAUGGCUCUGACAAUGAUGAUGAUGAUGAACCAGUGGAUGAUGAUGAUGAUGAUGAUGAUGAUGAUAUACUAAGUGAUAACUAUGACUCUGAUGAAAGCCAGAAAAGCCAUGAGACACUAAAGAAGAGCAAGUGGUUCAAGGUAUUCUUUGAUGCCUUGGACAAUUUGACAAAUGAACAAAUAAAUGAACCAAUGAGGCAGUGGCACUGCCCAGCAUGCAAAGAUGGCCCGGGUGCUAUUGACUGGUACCGAGGCCUGCAACCCUUGAUAACACAUGCAAAGACAAAAGGAGCGAAUAGGGUGAAGCUCCAUCGCCAAUUAGCUGAAUUGUUGGAUGAGGAGCUGUUUAGGAGGGGAACUUCAGUUGUACCAUCUGGAGAAACUUUUGGUAAAUGGAAAGGCCUGAAACAGACAGUUACUGACAAGGAAAUAGUCUGGCCACCAAUGGUUGUCAUUAUGAACACAAAACUUGAGCAGGAUGAGAAUGAAAAGUGGAUAGGAAUGGGUAAUCAGGAACUACUUGAUUAUUUUAGUUCCUACGCAGCAGUGAAGGCUCGGCAUUCCUAUGGCCCACAAGGGCACAGAGGAAUGAGUUUACUGAUAUUUGAGAACUCUGCAAUGGGUUAUGUGGAGGCUGAGCGCCUGGAUGAACAUUUUCUUGAGGAAAGGACACAUAGGGAUGAUUGGGAUCGUCGUCGGGUGCUAUUUUCUGCGGGUGGAGAACGUCAGCUGUACGGUUUUAUGGCUUGCAAACAAGACCUGGACCUCUUCAACCAACACUGUUCUGGCAAGACGAAGCUGAAAUUUGAAAUAAAAUCUUACCAAGAAAUGGUUGUGGGCCCAAUGAAGCAAAUGAGCGAAGAUAAUCAGCAAUUGAUCUAUUUUAAAGACAAGGUGGCGAGAGAACAAAGGCGUUCCAAGGCUUUGGCUGAAUCAUUUGAGGUAUUGAAUGCGAAACUGCGGAAGACUACGGAAGAUAAUCGCAUAGUGAGGCAGAGAACGAAAGAGCAACAAGAACAAACCAAAGAAGAGAUGGACUACCAAGAGAACUUUUACAAGGAUCAAAUCACAUAUAUUCAACAAUCUGUAAUAGACAGGGAGAAAGAAUUUGAGGACCGACUACAGGAAGAACGUCAAAAAGUGAAGAAAUCAAAUGCAAAUUCCACAUCCAAAGAGGACCAGAAACUAAGGAGCGAGGAGAUUGCAAGAUUCAUUCAUGCCCAGCAGGAGGUGGUAGAGGAAUUUGAAGCGGAAAGAGAGAAGCUUAUAAGGUCACAUGAGACCAAAAAAGCUGAGAUGAAGAAGAGGCAUUAUGCAGAAGAGAUUGGGCUGGAGAAGGAAUUUGAAACUUCAAUGACUGAACUGAUGUUGAAAUACACUCCAGGUCACUCCGAGGAAGGCAAUGAUAGCAAUGCUCAGUAGGAGUACUGUGGUACAUGGUGAGAACUCUGCUUUGAUGAGAUGUACCCCAGAAACUAAUACUCAAAUUAGCUCGUAGAACACAAACAGAGACCUUUGGUUUUCAUAUUUACUUCUCUUUCCCAUACAACAGUUUUUACAG